GAACAAUAUGAAUAUGAGUGUGGAAAACGUGGAACUAUUCCUUCUUUUCAAAUGGUUUCGUUCAUUCCGGCGGAGAAAAGGUUAGAACUAUGGUCCUUGGGAAUGAUUAAAGAAUGCCCUCAACUUUUAGCAGUAUUACAAAUAAUAGCAACCGCCCGGUCGUUUUCUCCGACAAUUGCAAAUUCACUGCGAGGAGGACAAAACGAACACCCCGUUUUAUAUUGA